AUGAAGUUCAGAACGAGGGAACUCGACCUGGCCACGGCGCUUGACGAGACGUUCCUUCGGAUUGCCGAGAUUGGGCUGCGUGUCCUGGAGGGCGUCUGGUCCGUCAUCAUCAUCGGCUUCGUCGCGGCCGUCAUGAGCAGCCUAUCCGACGCAGAUGCAGACGUGCCGCGGAAAGCGACGGCGACAGUGGUCAUCGCCUGCAUCUGCACCGUCUACUCGGGCAUCACCAUCCUGCCUAUGUUCUUCGGCGGGGCCUUGUUCUUCUCGGUGUCGUUGGUCUUUGAUAUCCUCUUUGUGGCUGCCUGGGCCACCCUGAUCGGUCUGUGGGACGGCGACGCCACGGACUCGUGCCGCGCCUUCAAAACCAAGUACUUCGACGGGCAGCUAUCGAAGGCGCACUUCCAAACCGACUGUGAGCUGGUCAAGGCCAUGUUUGCAUUCAUGAUUGUCAAUCUGGUGUCCUUCUUGGGAUCAGCGGUGAUCGCAUUCUGUCUGCGCCUCAUCGAACUUGAGUAUGCUAUGAGCUGGAGGAUCCCUCCAGUGGUGAACAAAUUCGACAAGCGGGGAAGACAGGCACACUGUACGUGCUGCAAACACAACACGAACAACCCUUCACCACAGCGGACCUCGAUGGCCGAGAGCACCGCACCAAUGGUGUAA